CGCUGAGAGUGCUGGUUUGUUGCUGGCCGCCAUGGACAACAGCAAGGUUGUUCUUUAAGCCAAAGGAUGGAAAGGCGUCAACGCCAGACAAUUGCAAAGAUGCAAGCAAGCUGAUAGCUGUCACGGACAAAGAUUUAAAGUACAUCGUGCGAUAGUAAUAGUAGUAGGAGUGUGUGUGUGUUGAUUUCGUCGUCGUUCUUUUCUUUUUCUUGUUUAGAUAUCACUCAGCACCGGGCUGUCGAAAUUCACAAGGAACCGAAUAAAAAAAAAGGUACAAAAGGGAAAUGGAAGGGGUUGGGUAUUAGCUUGCCACAGAGAUAGAAGCUAAAGGGUUAAUGAAAGGAAGGGCCGGGAAGUGGUCCGGCGACUAUCUCUUUAAGCUUUUGCUCAUUGGAAGCUCAGGUGUGGGCAAGACGUGUUUGCUCAUGCGAUUUGCCGAUGGCAAGUACCCUGAACAAUACGCAAGCACGAUCGGCGUUGAUUUCAAAGAGAAAACGAUCCAUAUUGCAGACGAGAGAGUCAAGUUACAAAUUUGGGACACUGCAGGACAGGAACGUUUCCGCAGCAUCGUGUCAUCGUACUACAAGGGCGCCCACGGCAUUUUCGUCGUCUAUGACGUUACAAACCACAGCACAUUUGAUGAUGUCAAACUAUGGCUAAGGGAUAUUGAAAAGCAUGCUUCCGACGAUGUGUGUAAGCUGCUGAUCGGAAAUAAGUGUGAUAUAUUGGAAGACAGGGAGGUGACGACGGCAGAAGGCAAGGAACUUGCCGACUCAUUAGGUAUUCCUUUUUUGGAGACUUCGGCCAAAGAGUCAGCCAACGUGAGCGAGGCCUUUUUAAAGAUGGUUGGGGAAACUCAAUUGGCUAGAGCAAAGCGGAUCAAGGAAAGGAUUCAAGCAGACAAUCGCUUCAGCAGCAGCAACAACAAUCGAUCUAUGGGUGGAAGACAGGAUAACUUUUUCUCUUCUUGUUGCUCAUGA